AUGAAUAAUUCUUCAGCUCAUUCGCAAAGUGUGGAGGGUACUCAAUCUACACAAAGAAAUGGUAGGCGUGGUACACGUAUGACAAAGUUGAAACGUAAAUAUAUGAUAGGUAAGAAGUUAUCAAUUGAUUUAUAUCCAUUGACUGGAUUACCUUCGGGGAUAAAUAGAAAAAACUUUAAGGGUCAUGUUGCUUCCCUUGCUCGAAGCUUUGUCAGUAUUUUGGUGGAUAAUUGGGAUGACGUAGAUAGCGACUUGAAAAAUCAGAUAUGGGAAGCUAUUAAGGUGAAAUGGGAUGUUCCUGAUUCUGAUUUUUUGAAAAAGAAAUGGAUUUCAUAUGCUGGUGAACGUUGGAGGUCACAAGUCUCCUCUUAA